GAGCAGCGAGGACGGUCGAGCGAGCUCGCUCGGGAGGCAGAGAGGUUGGGGACGCGGGUGGGGACAGCGGCGGAGAGGAGGAGGAGGGCGAAGACGACGAGGAGGAUGAGGAUGCUGGCGGCGCCGCCGCCGCCCGUGCUACCGCGGUUGCAUGGGGGACGGGCCGCGGGAAAGUUGUAGUGGGGUCGCAGAAGACCCCUUCCCAAACCCGAGAAGCCCAUUCAUCCCGUACUCCCGACAAGCAUCCAGAGGCGAGCGGGAGCAGCCGCCCUUUCCGAUCGGAGCCCUCCAAACUUUUCCGGCGUUGCCUGGGGCGCUCGCUCGCUCCUUCUCGGCCUUCCUGGGCGAGCGCCUGCGCUUCGUGCGCCCCGUCUCUCGGCCACUCAAAGAGGGCAAUUAACGCCGCUCUGCCCUGCCACCAUGCCCUCCCGCCUCUCCCUGAGCUGCUUUUUCGGCAGCCUCACGGCGUGGCUGCUGCUGCUGGCCAGCCCCACUCCCGGCAGCAGCUCUCCGGGCGCGGAGAAGGCGGCGGCGGCCGAGGAGGAGAACGCGCUCCGGGUGCUGGUGCUGCUGCCCAAGGACGACGCGUACCUGUUCUCGCUGGCGCGGGUCAGGCCGGCCAUCGAGUACGCGGUGCGGAGCCUGGAGGCGAACGGCUCGCUCCUGCCGGCGGGCUACAAGUUCCGCCUUUUCUACAGCGACUCGGAUUGCGGCAACAGGGCGCUCUUCAGCCUGGUGGAUAUGAUUGCCCUGAGGCGGGAGUGGCCCGACCUGCUGCUGGGGCCGGCGUGCGACUACGCCGCCGCGCCGGUGGCCCGGCUGGCCUCGCACUGGAACCUGCCCAUGAUCUCGGCCGGCGCGCUGGCCUCGGGCUUCAGCCCCAAGACGGGCGAGUACUCGCACCUGACCCGGGUCUCUCCGGGCUACGCCAAGAUGGGCGAGAUGUUUCUGGCGCUCUUCCGCCACCACAAGUGGAACCGCGUCCUGCUGGUCUACCACGACGACAAGGAGCAGCGCAGCUGCUUCUUCGCCGCCGAGGGCGUCCACCUCGUCUUCCGCGAGGCGGGUUUGCACCUGGACGACUUCGCCUUCGAGGAGAGCGGCAAGUACGCGGACGACGUGGUGCGCGCCAUCCAAGGCGGCGAGAGAGUUGUGAUCAUGUGUGCCAGCGGUGACGCAAUACGGAACAUCAUGUUGGCUGCACAUCGGCAAGGAAUGACUAGUGGAGACCAUGCUUUCUUCAAUAUUGAACUUUUCAACAGUUCAUUAUAUGGAAACGGCUCAUGGAAGAGAGGAGACAAAUAUGAUCUUGAAGCAAAGCAAGCGUAUGCAUCCCUCCAGACAGUCACACUACUGAGGACAUUGAAACCCGAGUUUGAAAAGUUUUCUAUGGAAGUGAAAAGUUCUGUUCAGAAACAAGGGAUCAACAAUGAUGAUUAUGUGAACAUGUUUGUCGAAGGGUUCCAUGAUGCUGUGGUUCUCUAUGUUCUGGCUUUGCGGGAAGUUCUGAAGAAUGGCUUCACUAAGAAAGAUGGAGAUAAGAUUGUCCAUCAGACAUGGAACAGGACAUAUGAAGGCAUUGCAGGGCCAGUAUCUAUAGAUGCCUCUGGAGAAAGGUUUGGGGAUUUUUCUGUGAUCGCCAUGACUGACCCUGAAACUGGAACACAGCAGGUGAUUGGAAACUAUUAUGGAAAACAGGGGCGGCUUGAAAUGCUUCCAAGUGCAAAUUACCCGUGGGAAUACAGACUGAAAACAGAUGAUAGCCGAGGACUAGAGCAUACAAGCAAUGCAGCCUGCAAAUCAUCAGGUGGCCUAGGGGAAUCAGCAGUUACCGGAAUAGUUGUAGGUGCCUUGCUAGGGGCAGGAUUGUUGAUGGCCUUCUACAUUUUCAGAAAAAAAUACAAAAUAACCAUUGAAAGACGAAGUCAGCUGGAGGAAUACAACAUCGGUAAGCACCGGCAAUUACGGGAAGACUCCAUCAGGUCUCACUUUUCUGCUGCAUGAAAUAGGAACUAAUUGCUUUUGUGAGGGAGAUCUGCAGAGGAAUGGACGCUACCAAAGACUGUCACAGAAGAAAAAAGAAGUUCAUUAAGGACUCCACCUUUUAAAAGUAGAGUCACCUGUCUUAAUUUUUUUUUCAGAAACUCAGGAAUGAUUUAUUAGCCACAUUAUGCCACAUGGCCUUUUUUAUCUCAUGGAAAGAUAAACGAUAAAAAAAAAAGUUUUUCUCACGACAAGACAUUAUUAAUACUUAGUGGAUAUCUCAAGGCCGGUUGCUCUGGUCAAUGAUUUGGGGUCUUGGCGAUGUAAAUGUUCCCUUAUGAUGCCUUGUUGUGAACCUCACAUGGUUUUUCACUGAAAUACACACCAGACCAUAAAGUGCUUUCAUAGACACAGGGGCAGCUUUAUAUAAGGAACAAAAGUAUGUUCAGGGUUGAACUGUGGAGACAAGACGGGAAGGAAGAGCGUGUAGCUAGUUCAGUGCAAUAUAGUUUUGGAAAAAGAACAAUCAUGCAUUUCAUUUAUGGGACGGAAGAAUCCUCAAGGUGGAAGAAAAGAAGGAUUUGAUUCUGAAUGCCAAUUUAUAUCUCACAUUAGUUUUGAAAUUGUUCCAUAGUAAUUCCUAAGAAAAUUCGCUCACAACUCUAUUAUUAAUAUAAGGAAGAGAGUUGUAUCCAUGGGAAAGGAAAAUUCAUCUUCAGAUAAAUUCCAUUUUAAACUGAAUUUUUAUUUUGAGGAAGUUUCCCUUUCCACCUUAUUUCCACAUCCAGGGGGAACUGCCUCAGAACUUCAGAUUCAUCUUCUCCAACUCGGUGCCCUCCAGAUGUGCUGAGACUAUAUCCCAAAUUUUUCAGCAUUGCUGUUAGGAAUUUGAGAAUUGUAAUCAUACUUUGAGAGCCAGUAUAGAACAGUGGUUUAGACAUGGACUAGGAUCUGGGAGACCCUGGUUCAAGUCCACACUUACUCCUGGAACCUCUUUGAAUGACUUUGCACAACUGCACCACUCAGUCCAACCUACCCCAUAAAGAUUUUGCCAUGUGGAUAAAAUUAGAGGAAUCAAUAUUAAAUGUCACCAAGAUCUGACAAAUAAUAAAUGCAUGAUCUAUCUGGACAGCACUACACAGGUGACGGCUAUGUUAGAAAUUUGGUAUAAGGUUAACACAAAAGGGUUUUGGAGAAAAGAGACAGUUUUAGGCCAUGAGUUAGCAUAAAGUGGAAGAAUCCUGAAGUGAGGGUUUUCUACUUCAUAGUGCAAGUGUCCUGAAUAUUUUCCUAUAUAUGAAAAAAAAGUUAAAGGUUUUUUGAAGUAUUUCAGAGAAGAUGGUUCUAGCUAAUUAUCUCAGUGGUGUGCUAGAUUUCUAUGAAGCAUUUAAAGAUUGAAAGAGUUUAGGUGGUUCUACCAUCUGGAUCUCGUAUCUUACACACUUGAUAUGUAAAUCAGAUUUUACAGCUGCCAAUGACUCGAAACAAAAUCUCUGCCUCUAAUCAAAGCACAUGCUGCUCUCUAUAUACAUCUGUGAUAUGCAUGGACACGCACAUGCAAGCACACAUCAUUGGAAAUCCAGGUGAAGUUCUUCUCUGGAUGGUGCCCUGCUGGACCUUAAUUGCCACUGCUGAAAUGUAAACGGAUGAGAUGCUUGGCCCCCACUGUUGUGCACGGUGCAGCUGUGAGAAUCCUGAUGUCUCCCCCUCCCCCAAAGCAACUGGUUUUGAAAACCAGGCUGUUACUCAACAGUAUGUUCCACUGAAACCUGUAGUACUUACUUAUGAGUAAAGGAGUGUAGAAUCAGGUUGCAAUACAGCACCCGCACUCUGCAUUUUUUUGUAGGAAGCAAAUAUCCAAACACCAACUUGGAGCCUGGGGUGCAGCCCAAACUUUGUAAUUAUCAAGUGGCAGACUGGUUUUGUACAGCAAUGGAAGUCACAAGUAUUUUGUUGUAUAAAAAAUGAUAUUCUGGUUGAACAUUUUAUUUCUAGGUAUUCCUAUAUUUUUCUAAUAGAAAAAUGGUUAUCUCUUUGGGAUAUCUGCUUCACUUUGGAAAAGAGAUCUGUUUGGUAUAUCUGUUUUAUGUUAGAAAAUCAAAUGAAGAGGACAUUUGAAAAACCAUCUUUUUCUUUUUAAGUCUGAAUACUCGUGAGCAGAGAACUUCUUAGAUUCAGUAAAAGUUGAAUCUUUUAUAUUAGCAUGGCCAUAGGCUGGUCUCUCCCCCCGCCCCUUCUUUCUAUCAACAGGGGCAACAUGCAAGAGUUGAAAACUGAUGCUCGUAUUCCCAAGGUCAUGAUAGUACAAGAAUGGCCUAUCUGUUUGCAGCUACACCCCUUUUUCCAAGAACUUUUGGACCCCCAAGGCCACACAAUGGUGAUGCCAUGACACCCAGGGAUGGGGGUGGGCAUUAAUGACAAAAUAAGCAUGUUAAUGCAUUUAUUUUAGCCUUUAGUUACAAAAGACAUACACAUAGAAACAAACUCUCUGUUGUUUUUUAAAACCCUUUGAACCCUUUCUGUCUCCUGCCCCAAAAUUUCAAUCUAUAUAAACCAAGAAAGUUCUCCUGAACUUCCAAACAGAACUAGCUAGUAGCACCUAGAGAGGUAGUGUGCACGCUAUGCAACAUUCACAGCAAAUACCCGCUAGCAGUGUCUGCCUCCAUUAUUUUUCCACGUCUCAUGCUGGCAAAAAAUGUUCCAUCUUCAGAGCCUUACCAUAAUUUUGAAGACUUAUAAAGAACUCUAGAGAGAUAUUUACCUUACUAAUUUUAGCAAUAAAAUCUGUUGUUGUUUUUUUAAAAAAAAUCUGGUGAAGUACAUUUGGUCAGUUAUUAAAAAAAUCUCCAUUUUGUUUUGUGAUUCAAUCAUUGCAAAAAAAAAAAAUUGAGCACUUCCAUUUCAGGUUCUAAUCCUAGAAGAAAACUUGCAAGUCAUCCCAUGAGUUCUACUUUUGUUUGUUUUUAAAAUAUUUGGUAAACUGAGGCUGGUAUCCUAUUGGUGCCUCUAAAGUUGACCAAAGGGGGUGGGGAAUUUAACCUCCAUGACAUGACUGCAGUGAUAUAAAUACCUUUUGGUCUUCAGUUCUGUCUCCCAGUUUGCAGGCUGCUCUAAUAUGGGUUAGAAUUGCCUUUGUAAUUAUUGAUACAAUUACAGUAUCCCUUGACUUUUUGGUUAAUUACUAAGAGGGAUCUUGGUCAGAGGAUUUUAAAAACUGCUAGUGGUUUGGGAGUACUGUUGUUGUUGUUGUUUGGCUGUGAUUCCAUUCAGAGUUCAUCAUUCAUGACAUAAAGAGGUGGGUUUUAGAGCACUACUCUAAAGUUAGGAUCCUUAAAAAAAAUCUACAACCCAAAUUUAAUUAAUUCCCCAUCUUAAAUUUAUACCAAAAAUUGCUGAGCUUAUCUAUCUGAGACAACACAAAUUCCAUCCAGGAGUUAAACUAAAAUUAGCAAAAUUACAUAUAUGUUUCUAUAUGAGUGAUAAGUGCAGUGUUCUCAGACAGUAGUAUGUUUUAGACUAGAGAAGAGGAAUUCCAGCUAUUCUUCAUAGAUUCUCAGUCAUUGAGAAUGUAUGACUUGGGAACAUGUGGGAUAUGAGAUUGAACACAGCAUACAAGGUGAACAAUGGUUUCACUAUGUACCAUAUUGGGUAUCACUGAGACACACUUGUCAUUAAUGUUGUUUAUUCAUUCAGUCGCUUCUGACUCUUUGUGACUUCAUGGACCAGCCCACGCCAGAGCUUCCUGUCGGUCGUCACCACCCCCAGCUCCCCCAAGGACAAGUCUGUCACCUCUAGAAUAUCAUCCAUCCAUCUUGCCCUUGGUCAGCCCCUCUUCCUUUUGCCUUCCACUCUCCCUAGCAUCAUCAUCUUCUCCAGGGUGUCCUGUCUUCUCAUUAUGUGGCCAAAGUAAUUCAGUUUUGCCUUUAGUAUCAUUCCCUCAAGUGAGCAGUCUGGCUUUAUUUCCUGGAGGAUGGACUGGUUUGAUCUUGCAGUCCAAGGCACUCUCAGAAUUUUCCUCCAACACCAUGUCAUUAAUCACUUUAGCCUUAAAACUAUGCUAACACUCAAACAGGGAAACUCUCAACAUUGCACCCAUGAAGUGCUUAGACAGGAAACAAGUAGGAAACUUAAUAGCUGUAUAGUCAGAGACCUCUUUUAGAAUGAUUUCACAGACAUGAGUGUGGACAGAGCUGCAAUUUUAACAUCUGAAGAAAGCUAUCACAAAUCCCUAAAAUGCAUGGAAAACUGACUUUAGCUGCUAUGGCCUGAACAGGACUUCAGAACAAACUAGCAGAGGGGCUCUAGGCUGAGUAAUCCAGGAGUAAAUCUUACCAAAUUUAAGAAAAUCUAUUUCUGAUUGCACUGUUAAAGAUAUGCUAUUUUCCCCUUUGAUAUUCCUUGGAACCAGCUCUGAGAAAUGAAAUUCAAAGGGUUCCCUAAAGUAGCAAGUUGGAGUGUUUCUGUUUUCAAAUCCGGACCUACAUACUUGGCCAGCAAUGCUCAACCCAAGAUUAAGUUUGCAAGUGGUUUAAUUAUAUCAUGGCAUGCAAAAAGAAUUUUUUAUCUGUGUAGGAUUUGAGGAUAUGCCAAAAGUACUGUGGUAAAUUUCUCUACAGAAAUAAAAUUCUUCUGCUUUGAAAAAAAUGCUUGCAUUUAAUAAUGAUAAGUUCAGGUAUUUAUUCCUACUUGUUGAGUUGGAUCCCAGUAUAGUCAGCAAGGCUUUAAUUCUAUCUAACUGAAGUCCCCCUGUUUUUAUGGGCCUGUUUUAAAUAGGACUUGAUCUAGUCUUAAGAUCCAAUCUUCAGAAAACACCAACAAGAUCCAACCUUCAGAAAACACCAGCAAGAAGGCAAGACCAUAUAAAAGGACAUUUGAAAAUAUUAACAAUAUUCCACAAUUACUGUAAUGUGAUUGUCUAUAAAUAUUAACCCUUGCAAGCAAUGUUCAACCUGGAAAAGCCCUGUGGAUUUAGCUCUAAAGAGCAAGAAUGAUAAACAUACGUUUUCUGUUAAGGAUUCACUGCAGCGUCUUUAGAAAAUAGUCAACAUGAGGCUUUCUAAAACCAGUGACUUGGUUUUCUAAUAUAACAUUCAAUUACUCCUAUUUAAUUGGUGCGUGCAUUUUAGAGCAUUGUAAACAAUAUUUAAAGCUGUUCUUUGCACAUUUUACAUUAACCACUAAUGUUAAUGCUCUUCACCAAAGAUAAAAUUUCUGAACCAGCAAAAGACCUUGAUACUUGGUUGUAUAGUAUGUUUACUAAACACAUACAUACAUAGAUACAUACACAAAAUAUCCUCAUGAUUUUGAUACUGCUCAGAGUCACAUAUUAAUUCCAGAGUACCUGUACUAGGGGGAUUCACUUAGUACCAGAAUAUGUUAUAUGAAUAAAAUGCUUGCUUAGUGUGUUUACUGUGCAGUUUUUCUUAAAAUGCACUUAAGCACGUUAAAAAAAAACCCAGUAAGAUUCUUUUUUUUUUUUUUAGAAAAGCUGUUCUAAAUUUUUUAAAAAAACACCUUAACUGACAUAGACAUAGAAUUAUAUUAAGACAUAUGCACGUAUUUUUAACUAAAAGUUCUUAAUUACAUCUUGUAAUGACUCCAUGACAUGGAAUCCAACUACAGUAUUAAAUGUUAAUUGUAUCAAAAGGUAGCUAGUAUAAGCUAGAACAGCUUUCACCAAACAGACCCUCCAGAGACAUUGGAUUAAAAUGGACAUCUUUGUUCAUAUCCCUCUGGAGAAAACCCGUUCAGGGAAGACUAAACUAGAUAAUUACACCAGCUGGAGUGUUGUUUUUACUGAACCACAGAGCUCUCAAAAAUUAUUUAUUUCAGAACAAUUUGAAUAGCUAAUAGGAGUUAUUUUCAGAAUAAACUCUUAAGGAUUGCACAAUAUGACAGCAAACUCAAAAACCAAUUUGAGAGCCUGGUAACUCCAUCUCAAAAGGAGAAGCAAGGCCUUACAAACUGGAGCUUCCAUGAUCUAGCAUAUCUUAGGAUAUUUGAGGGAAACACUCCAUUUUCACCUCUCCUUCAAUGGCAACAAAUAAGGAAAGCAGAGGACAAAGCAUACUUGGAGUGAGGUGGCAUCUUUCUUGAUAUGGUUAAGAAUAGUUAUUUUUCUAGGAAACAUCUGAACAUUUCUGAGUCAAACCGGAAAGCCCCAUUCAUUAUCUAAUUGGGUACAGCUUCUCACAGUGGCUUAAUCAUAAGUUGACAAGUGCAAAAUCUGUUCCCAAGUUUCUGUUGUACUUGAAAGAGCAUUUCUCUAGAAAUGGUAGACUGGAGGCAGUCCGCAGAAUGCAAUCCACAAGCUACUUAAACUUUUGUUUAUCAUGUCAGUUAUGACAUAGGAAGACAAUGAAACAUGCCAGCCCCAUCUUAAGGUUUUAGAAUCCCACUAUACAUCAAGUAAGACCAACUUCAAACCUAUGUGACAUCUAUCCUCACAACAGAUCUCUCUCGGGUCUUACUAUAUGUUCUCCAAAAGGGAAUAUGAACUAUGAACAGCUUUUGUUGUUUGUUAGAUUAGAAAACAUCUGAAUUUAGUCAUAAAAUGGGUUUGGUUGAUCCAUGGUGCAAAUUAUGCAAUUUAUCACAAAGCCUAAAGAAUUCAAAACAGAGACUGUGGAGACUUCACUUUGCCCAUAUUAUGAUUGUAAAGAUAUAUAUACUGGAUAAUCUAGAAUUGUAAUAUUGGGGUGGUUAAAAAAAGAAAAACAAAAGGAAAGCUGCAUAGUAUAUUGUACUGAUGUAAGUAGAACUAUUUGCAUAUGACGUGAUUUUAUUUAUUGCAUUUCUGUAGAAACAGAAUUUACAACUGUGGAUAUAACCUCUUUGUUAUGUGUUUUUAAUUGUUUUACAAGUUGCUCGUUUAAAAUAUCAUUGAUGUCCAUUGACUAUUAAAUGUGUUCAUUUCCUUGUAAACAUUUCAAGUAGGUCAGAUUGUCGUAUUCUCACAUUAUAACAAAAGACUUCCAUUAAAGAGACAAAUUAUACAUU